AUGCCUGUGUCCGGCCUAUCUGUCAACCCCGACUGCGUCUCAAAGUUCAAUGAUUUGAAACUCGGUCGCGGCGGUCCCAAAUACAUCAUCUACAAGAUCUCCGAUGAUCAGAAGGAAAUCGUGGUAGAUGAGGUCGGCAGCGAGCCGGACUACGACGCCUUCAGAGAGAAACUCAUUGGCAAGAAGGAGGCCAAUGGCAAGGACCGUCCCUCGUACGCUAUUUACGACGUUGAAUUUGAGCUUGAGGGCGGUGAAGGCAAGAGAUCCAAGAUUGCAUUCAUCACCUACAUCAAUCAGGACAACACUGGUGUCAAGUCCCGCAUGGUGUAUGCCAGCUCCCGCGAGACCUUGAAGAACGCCCUCAACGGAAUUGCCAUGAACUGGCAAGCGAACGACCCGGGCGAGUUGGAAUGGGCCGAUUUGCUCAAGGAAGCCAGCAAAGGCAAAGGAACAGUCUAA